AGAGGCGAACCGUAUUGCAGCUUCUUCUGCUAUCGAUCAAGGAAGACAGGAGCGCGCUACACCCACUUCGUCAACAAACUGCUUUCACAGCUGUAAUCGUCGACUACGCCUCCCCCCCUCCUCCGCUGCUUUUUGUUGCCGUCGCGUUUUCCCCUCGUCGUGUGCGGAGCUCACGCAGGUCUUCUCUCCAUUUCUCUGGUUUAGUGCUUUUGUUUUCCAACGCCGUUCAUCUUGGAUUCCUCAUGUACCGCCCUAACGUGUGCUGCUUCAUCUUUAAUGAGAAGGUGGAGUUCCUGAGCUGCCAACGCAUCAAGAGCGAGCACUAUCAGUGUGUGCAGGGUGGCAUCGAGGCUCGCGACCACGACGUGACGUUGGCCGCUUUUCGUGAGAUCGAAGAAGAGAUCGGGCUGCGUCCGGAGGACCUCACCUUCGUGCAGGAGAUCCCGCCGCCCAACGGAGAUGCGAUGAACUUUGCGUACUCGCUCUCCGCGCACGCCAACCUUCGCAGCUACGGCUACAUUGGACAGAAGCAACGCGUCUUGCUGUUCUAUACGCCGUCAGCGAAUAUUGAAAAGGUGGUGCUCAUCCCACCGCCAGAGCUGCACGCGCAACAGGAGUUUCGGAAGGUGGAGUGGCUGCCGAUCGAGGAGCUGACGGCGCGGUCGAUGCCGGAGAAGAUGCACAUUUUUCGGGCCGUGUCCGCCGUGGCCCCCGACCUUGCCCGGUCGUUUCUCCAGUCGAGAGGGAUCCUUCCGGCUACAUUGGAGUCCGCGAAGUAUUAA